CCAACAACGAGUACUCUGUGACGAAACCGGUCGGCGGUGGAGGGGGCUCUGGGAGGUUCUAGUCUACUCCUCGCCUCCUCCAAGUUAGCAUGUUCUUCAUAACCAAAAUCCUAUCGGUCAUAAGAAGCAUAGGAAGCACUGAAUCACAAAAGACCAAUGAGGAUGUGGAAAGCACUAAAGGGACCGAACUACCGAUAUGCCCUAAAACUUCAUAUUUCGACGGCUUGGUUCACAUGUUCCGAGCUACAGUGGGCACUGGUAUACUGGCCCUCCCGGUAGCCUUCAGCCAGCUAGGCUACAUCGGAGGCAUUAUCGGAGUCGUAUUCAUCCUUUUCAUCUCUAAUUAUUGUGCAGUCAUUCUGGUUGAUUGCCAAAGAGAAUUAAGCAGGAGGAACAAAGACAUGGUUCCAACAUACCAGGGCACAGUACAAGCUGCUUUCGCUGGUGGGCCCAAGGCUGUAAGAAGCUUAGCUCCCAUCUUCGUGACUUCAACAAAUAUAUUCAUUUUGCUUGGACAAAUAGGAGGAAUAUGCGUGUACAUCGUUUUUAUAGCCUCUAACAUAAAAGCUGCAGUUUACCCUCACUUUGACAUGGACUUGAGAUACUUCGAAUUGCUGAUUUUCAUUCCUAUAGUAGCGAUCAACAUGGUACUUAAUCUAAAGAAGUUGUCCGUCGUGUCCACCUUAGGCAACGCCAUUUUACUUACCAGCGUGGCGGUGGUCCUGUACUACAUCUUCAGAGAGCCGAUAUCCAUGGAGGGCAAGCAUGCUUUUGGGCCCAUAAGUAAUGUUCCACAGUUUUUUGGAACGGUGUUCUUCGCCAGUUGCUGCAUUACGAUGGUGUUGCCUCUGCAAAACGAGAUGAAGAGAGAGGACCAGCUCGGUGGUAGUUGCGGCGUCCUCAACGUAUCAGCCUACCUCUAUGGUUCCCUUUACGUCGCCUUCGGUCUCUGCGGCUACCUCAAGUAUGGCGACGCUGCUGCAGGGAGUAUAACCCUGAAUCUACCUUCGGGCGAAAUGUUGGGCCAGGCCGUGCAGUUGCUUCUAGCCCUAUCCGUGCUUACAGCGACAGCCAUUCAUAACUACAUUGGAGUAUCCAUCAUCUGGGACGACUACCUCGACAAGAGGCUCACCAAGAACAGGCUCUUGGCCCAAUAUCUUAUAAGGAUAUUAUCGAUAACUUUCACGUUGCUAGUGGCUUUGUUGGUACCAAACCUGGAGCUUCUUCUAUCGGUGACUGGAGUACUCGGGCAGUGUACCCUUUCUACAACGGUCCCCUGUAUCGUAAACAUUCUCACGUACUACGAACAACCUUCGUUCUGGGCCUACGUCCGCAAGUUCUGGAUCGACGCCAUUGCAUUAAUCGUCACAGUAGUGGUCCUGAUAUUCGGACUGGCUUCUGCUCUGUUCAUUGAUGUUUAGUCCAGUGAUUGAACAAACUGAGAUUUUUUGUUAUAGGAAAUAGCUCUUGAGAGAAAAAAUCAUUGUGAUAAUUAGUAUUUGUAAAUAUAGUAUUAAGGGUAAUAGCUUAAGAAUAAAUUGUAAAUAGAAUUGGAUUUGUAUAUAUUAUAAUAACCUAUGUAAAAAGAAAACCAAUGUACAGUUGCUUUUAUAUAAAUACAUUUUAAGAUUAUACAUAUUUUUAUUUAUAAAGUAACUUUCAAGAUAUACCUAUUUUAAGGUAUAAUAAACGAAUUAUUUUAUAAGUGUCAGUCAAACUUCUCAUUACAAGACCUUUUCGACGCUGCGGAGCUUGAAAAGUCGACUUAAAAGUCGAAUUUAACUCAUUAAAGGUGAAAAUCUGAGAAUCAUAUUCAAUAAUGUUAUGUUAAUGUUUCUGUUGUUUUCGGAACAUAAAUAAUAUGCAUAUUAUGAUUCAUGAAUAUGUUUAAUGUUCCCAGUCUAUCUGCAUGAAUAUUAUGAACUUAAUGUGCUUUUAUUUAUAAACUUGAUGACAUUAAAAUUCCAUUCUGAGAGGUGUGGCUUUGGCGACACCCUUGCUGAGAGAAAAUGCUGUUAAUACAUAUGAUCCCAUAUAUUAACAACAGUGUAAUAUAUGGAGUCGGGCUAAUAUUUAAUUUUUAUUCAUUUAUUUUUUAUAUAUUAUCAUUUAAAAAAACACCUUUCUAGUAUUUAUUCAACGUAAUGUUUUUUUUAUCCCAUUUACUAUACUGAUUGCUCCAAUGUGGCAGGCUGACUAUUUAUCAAUAAACUAUAAGUCAUUAUUAAAUCCUCAUUGUCAUCAUCAAGUAAUUUUCAUUCGAUGCAAUAUUAACAGCUUCAUAAUGUAGCCUUCAAGAAAUAUGUAAUAAAUCUAUGAUAAUAGAAAAGUUUUAUCAUACAAAUUAUUUAUUAAUAGUUCAUAAAGUAGUUAAAAUUCAUAAAUUUCAAAUAAUAGGUAAG